GCGCGCACAAGCGCCUAACUCUAUCGCCUUGGUUCAUCAUGCACCCAUCUCGCAACUGUACCAAAACUUUGUACGGAGUCCCCACAGAAAUAUCUUUACAAUACUAUGGAGAUAGUACCCUGAUCUUAGUGACACAAGUUGGGAAAGUCGGAAAUCUCAUCCAGGUAUCCUUGCCGGCAACGAUCCCAGUUACCCCUUCAGCUCCAGAUACUACCGAGCCCAAUGCUCCUAUAUUGCCACCACCACCAAUCGCUAUCCAGCUCACCCCUCUAUUUGGCUCUGCUCCUUCAGACCGAAUACAGACGUUACACAAUCUUUACGCAUCGCAGAUUGCGACCAUUAUAUGGCUUGCUGAAACAGAAAAUCCCCUCCAAGUCGUCCGAAAGAACGUUGUCGUCGGUAUCGCGUUACGAAGAUCGGACCAAGCCGGAGAAUUAGGCCUCACGGAAAUGGAGAGACAGACUUUUUACGGGGCGAUGUCUGCCAUUCAAGAACUGCUGCGUCACGCUUGAAGUCCGUCAUUACUGAGAACUUGAGAAGCGGACUCGAGCUGAUGCACGCUCAACAGGCUACGAAAGCAGGUGUCGUUCACUUUCCUACAGCUAGCUGUGGACAAGGUCGCACUGAGCCUAUUUCAUCAACUUUUGUUGCAUUUUAUUUUGCUAUACGCGCUUCCUGCCAUUUUGACCAUUUCCACCGAACAAGUUCCAUCAACCUCUGUUCCUGCGGCAGAGAGGUUCUAGGAUGGGUUUCAUAAAGAUAGUACGCGAGAAACCCGGUAAAAACACCCAGGACUGGGUCGAGACCUCUGUAAUGACCUAUUUAGCAUGCAGAAUAAUGUAGUUGAAGAAACAGGGCUGCACCGCGAGAGUAAAGGUUGGAGCAACCGCAUUGGUUGUAGUCACGGUUAGGAAAAGAGAACUACAGUAUUGACUGCCGCCGGCAACGCGUUUCGGAC